AUGUAUGCUGCAAUAUACGGGUCAAAUAUGUUAAUGUUCUUAAAAUCUAAUCGGGCAUACUUGAAUCAAGAAGAGUUGAAACAAAAGAAAGAAUUUAAGUCAUUUCUCUGGACAUUAUUCAAUUUACGCUUUAACUCUUACAUAAUUCCUCCAAAAAAGGAAAAUACUAAUGAAAGAGGAAAUUCCUUGAUGAUUGCAUCACCCACGACUUCACAGAUCAACAAAAAGAUCAUCAAUCGCACCAUAAUUACUUUUACAAAAUGGGUUAUUCUAGAACUCGCGAUGAUCGUUUCAAUUAAAUAUACAGUAGAAAUUCCUGAGAAACCAUAUCAACUUCGAUUAUUAGAAUUUUUUACAAAAGGAAUUCCUGCAAUCACAUUGCCUUUAAUUUUAGCAUACUUUAAUACCUUGGUACUUAUAUAUUUGUCGAUUUCAUUGAAUUAUGAUAUAUUCACUAUUUUUACUGCAAUCUUGUACCGUUUAUUAUUUCAUUCCUCAUCGAUACAAGACUCAUUUUUAAUUAAAAUGUGGAUUCUCACCCCUUCAGAAUAUGUAUCCUUAAAAGAAUGGAUUAUCACAUUCCUUUUCAAUACAAAGCAUAUGUUUAGUGAACCAUGGUUAGCAUCUAGUCCUCGUGAUUUUUGGUCUGUUCGUUGGCAAUUAGUAUUGAACGGAUUUUUCAAAGAAUUGGGUUAUUUACCAGUUAGGAAUUUAGUGGCCCCAUUUUUCCCUAGGAAAAUCGCAAAUAUGAUGGGUGUAUUAGGCGCACUAGGUUAUAGUGCUAUAAUCCAUGAGUAUAUUAUCCUUGGACAAUUUGAUUAUAUGACGGGUGAACACUUCUUUUUCUUUAUGAUCCACGGUGUAAUAUUCAUCUUGUGGGAGGCUGUUUUCGGUCGCGAGAAUAAAAACGAGAAUGCAAAAAUUAAAAGAUUCUUAAAGUGGGUCUUAUUGAUGAUUAUUAAUUUAUUAGUUUUACCAGCAUUCAUUGAACCUUUGAGAAGACGACCAGAGAGGUUCGAUUUUCCAUAUGCUCGAGCUCGAUAUUAUUUAAAUUUAUAA